AUGGCCGCUAGCGACCUCCAGCUGCUGCAGAGCAAAAUCAAGGAGGCAAACGGAUCCCCAUUCACUGUCUUGCAUCCUUCUGCAGGGGAAAUUUGUGCCUUCAGAAUCCACGGCCAGGAGCUGCCCUUCGAGGCCGUGGUGCUCAACAAGACGUCAGGAGAGGGCCGGCUGCAUGCCAAGAGCCCCAUCGACUGCGAGCUGCAGAAAGAGUACACAUUCAUCAUCCAGGCCUAUGACUGUGGCGCGGGGCCCCGGGAGACGGCCUGGAAGAAGUCACACAAGGCCGUGGUCCACAUCCAGGUGAAGGACGUCAAUGAGUUUGCUCCCACCUUCAAAGAGCCAGCCUACAGGGCGGUCGUGACAGAGGGGAAGAUCUACGACAGCAUCCUGCAGGUGGAGGCCGUCGACGAGGACUGCUCCCCCCAGUACAGCCAGAUUUGCAACUAUGAAAUCGUCACAACUGACGUGCCCUUUGCCAUUGACAGAAAUGGCAACAUUAGAAAUACCGAGAAGCUGAGCUAUGACAAGCAACGCCAGUAUGAGAUCCUGGUGACCGCCUAUGACUGUGGACAGAAGCCCGCCGCUCAGGACACGCUGGUGCAGGUGGAUGUGAAGCCAGUUUGCAAGCCUGGCUGGCAAGGUGGGCCAUCUCUUGUCAGUCCUGUUGAGUGA